AUGUCGUUCAAAUCCGAGGCUUCUAAAUACCAAGCUGAGUCAACAGUGUCCAAACUUUUCUCCUCCAUACUAAACACAACAACACCUAGCGAGGAGUCGAGAACGUCUAAUCUUUCCACCACCCAGAUCCUUGCCAACCAGUUCAAUCAUACAGCAACCGCCUCCAAAAAGAAACUGAACCUGAAACUGAACAAGAAAAUAGCCAAGAAUGUCGAUAAGGAAAAGAAAUUCUCCAAGUUUGUCAAAUACACCAUUAUAAAAAACAAGAAGGACCACACCCCUGAGGAAAAGAAAUACUUGACCAAGUUAGCCAAGAGGAAUAUUGCACAAUUACAACUGGUUAAAGUGGACGAAAUGGUCGAAGAUGAACUAAAAGAAGUCAAGGCACAAGUAUUAGCAGAAAUAACAGAUAAGCUGCACGGCAGAUUACGAAAAAAGAGACUAGUGAACAAUAAGAACAAGAAGUUUGACGAUUUCGAUAGCAAGGUUAAACGAGGCAUGAUUUCCGUGCCUGGGUUAACACCGGGUUUGGCUCCCGUGGAUUACAACGAGAGUGAUUCAGAAUAG